AUGGCGUCCACGAUACACAAGACGGCGUCGACGCACAGGUCUGCGGUGGUCCGUGGCACGCACGAGUUCCACAUCGUCGGCUGCAGCGGCCGCAAGCGUUUCGCCAGCGCCGUGAACUCCUCCUCCAUCAAGUCCGGCUCUUUCCUCGCCGGCGGACACACCUGGGCCCUCGCCUGCACCUUGGACGAUCAAGGCAGCCUCGCAUCAAUCACCCUCGAGCUUCUCGGCACGACCAAGGACGUGGUCGCCACGGCGGGCAUCAGGAUCGAGGACCCCCUAGGUGAGUGGCCGACCGCCGUGUGGCAAAGUGACGCCAUCAGAUUCCAGGAGACUAGGACCUGGAAGCUAUCGGUUCCAGAGACUUACCAUGGCCAUGGAACCCGCUACGUGAGAGACGACCGCCUCACCAUCGAAUGCACCGUCGACGUCCUCGAGGAGUACUCCCCCGGAGCCGCUGAUCUCCACAAACUUCUACUAGUUGAUGAGUCAGCAGUGUCCGGGUCAGGAUCAUCGUGUUCCGAGAACAGGCGACGACAUCGUAUGAAGUCGGAUGUAACGUUCGUCGUUGAGGAGACCGAGAUCCAGGCGCACAAGCUCGUGCUCGCCAUGCGAUCCCCGGUUUUCGCCGCGGAGUUCCGCUGGCACGCGAAGUUGAGCUCUAUCCUUACGCGCCUUAGCGUCGACGACAUGAGUGCAUCCACCUUCAGGGCGAUGCUCCGUUUCAUCUACACCGACGAGAUGCCCAUCAAAGCAAGCAACGAUACAAGCAGCCGUCGUGCCUGCAAAGAGAAAUAUGCUUUGAGGCGCCGGGAAGCCAUGGCACGCGACCUGCUUGUGGCCGCGGAUCGGUAUGACCUGGAGAGGCUGAGGAUCAUGUGCCAGAAUAUAUUAUUGGAGAGCCUCGACGCCUCGACUGUUAUGGGGACGCUGUUACUGGUGCGUGGCCGUCACACCUGUUGUCAGCUCGAGGAUUCCUGCAUCGAGUACAUAGCCUCUGACCCCAAUGUGUACGCUGCUGUGAGGGCGACCGAUGAGUACCAGGAGCUUAAGAAUAGCUGCAGUCCCUUGAUAAUCGAGAUCAUGGAAAGAGUAGCCACACACAACCCCAACGGGGCGCGCAAGUCCUCUGACGGCAUGAAACACCGGCCUCCAGAAAAGACGUGGUCAACCUAUAACGCGCUGGUGCACAGCGUCCACGAGUUCAGGAUCCCUAACUUUUGCGCCGUCCAGAGGAGCGUUGGUGUUGGCCAAGUAAUCCAUUCAGGCACUUUCAACGUCGGCGGUUAUGACUGGCAUGUAUGGAUGUACCCAUCAGGAGAGAAGGGAGAGGCCCAAGGGAACAUCGCUCUUUACCUUAAAUUGUUGAGUCAGCCGCCAGUCCAUGGCAUCGUGGUGUCCGGGAAAUUCUUUGUCGGCAAUCCAAGUGGAAAGUUCACCACUGAGAAAAAAGAAUGGAUUUUCACCAACACAUAUACCAGAACGUCUUUAGCCUGGGGAUACACAAAGUUGAUGAGCUUUGAAUCUGCAAAAUCACGGUACCUAGCGAAUGAUGGUUCCUUAACCAUAUGCUGUAGCUUUGCGGUCACCAAGCAGCCUUACACUACUACGAGCACCCCGGCCACCAGGGCCAUGAUCGUUGUGCCAUCAUCAAGCAUUGCCUUGUACCUCGACCAACUAUUGGUGGGCGGGCAUGGGUCGGACGUGCAAUUUCUUGUUGAGGGUAGCGAAAUUUGCGCGCAUAGUCUUGUGAUCGCCGCGCGAUCGCCGAUCCUAUAUGAGGAGGUGGCAGCAGCAGUCAGCAACAAGGAUGGACAUAUAGUACGGAUUGACGGCAUGAAAGCCACGGUCUUCAAGGCCGUGAUCCACUUUGUCUACACCGAUGAACUGCCCGCUCUUGGUAGCACGGUGGUUGACGAAGACAUGCUCGCUGCAGCAUCCCGGUUUGGACUCGAGAGGAUGAAGAUCAUUUGUGAGAACUUCCUCGCCGAGCACAUCUCCAAGGAAAACGCAGUCGACACAUUCAAUGUGGCGCGCCGUCACCGUUGUUCGAAACUUGAGGAUUACUGUAUUGAUUUCAUCCUCUCGGUUCCAUCCUUGGCCAAGGGAUUGAUUAAAACGAUUCCUCUCCCGUCUCCACAGGUGGAUGCAGGUCAGUCCCUCUAA